AUGUCUCUUGACGAUAAGCUUAACAAUAAUAUUUUUAACGAUAUUAUUACCGAUAAAUUUGAAUUUAAUAUUGGUGAUAAGAUUGACGUCAAUAAUGUGAUUAUUGGUGACACUGAUCCUAAACCAAUUGAUCAAAUUUCUGUCUCUCCUCAAAAUAUGAUUCAUCAUGAUGUUAAUUCGGUUUAUACUCAACCUAUCCAAUUGAAAAAUUUACCAACUAUUUCUACUUUGUCUUCAACUUCUCUUGAAUAUCUUACAUCUUUAACUACCUCCAAAUCUUCUUCUGGAACUCUAUCAUCAUCAUCUUCUUCGACUAAUACAACUUCAGUACAACCACAGAUAUUAUCAAAAGUUGAUAUUACACAAUGUCAUUUUGUUUACGAGAAUUGUUCAACGAUCAUAAAUGCCAAAUAUCAAGGUGAUUUGGCAUUUCUUUAUAAAGUUGGUGAUGAUUUGAAUUUAAAUGGUGGUGGUGAAAUCUCUUGUUGCCUUAAUGGAAUGUCCGAUGAAAUUUCUAUCCCAUUUAAUCAAUUAUCUGGAUUUAAAAUUUUAAAUGAAAAAAAAAUUACUAUAAAAUUUAAACUUGAUUUUAGAAGAACCUACCGUCAUCAUCUUGGUGGAUACCCAUAUCUUCUUGAUCCUACAAUUUUGCACACUGAUCCAUCGGAUGGAAAAUUUAAUUCUUUACGUUCUCUAAUAUUGAUUCCUUAUGAUUCUGAAGAUUCUUCAAUAUUAGAAAAAAUCGAGAACGAUAUCGAAAAAUUAUGGUUUAAACAAAAUGGUGUUCGUAAUGAACUUGCUAAAGAUAAUAGGCAAAAGUUGUAUCUAACUUGUGUAUUUCCAACCGAACGUCGUGCUAUCGCUGUUCCAAUGGAUUCAACAUAUCAAAAAUUACUAAUUAUUCUUGAAACAAGAUUUAAUAUGACAAUGGAUAAUCUUAUUCUUAGAUAUAGGAAUAAACGUGGGGAUAUUGUUGUAUUAAAAGGUGAUAAUUGUUGGGAAACGGCAAAAAAUGAAGCAACUGGAAAAAAUUUAACUAGAUUAGAACUUCAUAUUUGUAUGGCAGAAGAGUUUCAUUUACUUAAACAGGAUAAAAAUAAUUUGAAAACACAAGUUUGCCUAAUAGAAAAUUUUUAUGAAGUAAUCUGUGCUGUAUAUCAAGCAACAGAACAUGGAGGCCAAGAAAAAAUUUAA